GGUCAAAAACACUUCAUAGCUGGUAUGCAUAUCCAAUACUAUAUGAAAUGACCAUUAAAGAGUUUUUUGAUAAACUCAUUAUAGGUGAAAUAUCUCCAAAGUGCAAUAUUUCCGUAGGCUCCUCUGAAACAAUUGAUCAUAUUGAAUUAAGCCAAACGUUAGAUACAGGUGCAACAACCAUUCAAGCUAGUCCUCAUUAUAACAAACAUAGAUGUAAAGUUGGAGAACCCAGGUAUCCAGUUGCUGCUAUAGAGAGAGGUAAGCAAGUUGUAGUUAGUAAAGAAUCAACAUUGAUGGUUAGAGAUCAUGACUAUACAAAGUCUGGAAUAAUACCAAGUGUUAUAAUGAUAUAUGAUAUUCUGAAGUCAGUUGAUAGUGAUUUUUAUGCAGGAGACGUUCAUAUUAGAUUAAAAGAUGCUAUUUUUCAACCUUCCUCACCAAUAUGCCAUGUAGUUGAAUUAUACAAUAUCCUUAUAAAAAAAAAUAUUACCAAUAAACCUGUCUUAUGUCUUUAUACAGAUGAUCUAGACUAUUUCGUUGCUGUAAGAACACCACCUCAACACUCUUGGAAAAAUCCAGUAGAACGCAUAAUAUCUAUCUUAAAUCUUAGGCUUCAAUGUAUUGGUUUAAUGAGAGGUAAAAUGAGUGAUAAUUUAGAAAAAUUAAUCAGUAAAGCAAAUACAAUGAAAGCAAUUCGAUAUUUGGCAGAAAAUAAUCCUACCUUGAAAGAUGCCUUUAUCGAAAGUAUCCAACAACCAAUUUACCUAAUCUGUAGCAUUUUUGAACAUCAAUCCUUAAAGGAAGUACCUUUUGAAACCUUUGAUGCAGCAACUGAAAAUGAAAUAAUAGAAUUAUGGGAAACAAUUUACCUAAUUGACGAUAAUGUAUCUCAACAAGAUCAUUUAACAGAAACUACAGUUGAAAGAAUUCAUGAAAUGAAACAUAUACAACUUGCUUACCACUUCAGUGUUCUCGGGAGAAAUUUGAACGUUCCAACUCCUGGCGAAGACCUUUAUUAUAAAUCAUUCGAAAAAUUAUAUAACACUACUACAACAGAGGAAUAUAGGCUCUCACUUAAAGAUGCUAAAUUACGAACUAUCAAGUCAGGUAAAACAAAAGCUACUAUGAAACAUACCAUGCUAUUCAGCUCCUCUUCUAUAUGUGCAAAAAAUGUUAGAAUCAUUGUUGUUUGUGCUGAAUAUGAGAAACUACGUCUGUUAUUUAGCGCAAAAAAAUUACAAUUAAAAAAACACAAGUUGUUAGAAUCUUUUCUUGAUACUAUUUUAUACACAUGCAGAAUGUCAUUUCAUAAUACUUGUGAUCUCGCUUCUACCAAAUCAAUCAAUCUUGCUGAAAGUAAUGAAAGUAAUGAUCACCAGAAUAACAGCCUAAAUAACAACCAACCAAUUAGUAAUGAAGAGGACCUAAAUAAUGAGGAGGAGAUUAAUGAAGAGGAUGAAGAGGAUAUUAAUGAAGAGGAUGAAAAGGAUAUUAAUGAAGAGGAUGAAGAGGAUAUUAAUAAAGAGGAGGAUGAGGAUAUUAAUGGAGAAAUAUCUAAUGUUAGAUCAAAAGAAAUUUCUACAGAAGAUCCUAUCUAUAAGCUUUUCUAG